CCUACCAUACCAUUACUCAAAAUUCAUCAUAUCCAACCAAAAAUCUUCUUACUUCUUUUUUUUCAACAGAACAACUAUGGUUGUUUUGUCUCAACCACUUGUAGAAAACUUUUCACACAUUAAAACAUGCAAACAUAACAACACAACUAGUGAUCAUGUUCACACUGGUAAUAUUAUUCCAGUAAUAGACUUAUUAGACCCUGAAGCCAACAACCUUAUGAUAAAAGCUUGUCAAGAAUUUGGAUUCUUUAAGUUGGUGAAUCAUGGUGUCUCUAUUGAAACAAUUACCAAAUUAGAAAAUGAAUCUAUCAACUUCUUCAACUUGUCCCAAAUUGAGAAAGAUAAAGCUGGCCCUGCUAACCCUUUUGGCUAUGGUAACAAAACAAUUGGCUCUAAAGGUGAUGUUGGUUGGGUUGAAUAUUUACUCUUCACAACUAAUCCUGAACUCAAUCACAACAAAUCCAUCACUAUUCCUGGAAAUUCCCUUCUCUUUUGGGGACUUGUGAAAGAGUAUAUAAGUGCAAUGAGAAAUAUGGGAUGUAUGGUGCUAGAAAUGAUAGCAGAAGGGUUGAAAAUAGAACCAAAGAAUGUACUAAGUAGGAUGCUAAGUGAUGAAAAAAGUGACUCAUGUUUUAGGCUAAAUCACUAUCCACCAUGUCCAGAGUUGCUUCAAGCAUUGAGUGGUAGAAAUUUAAUUGGUUUUGGUGAACACACAGACCCACAAGUAAUAUCAGUUGGAAGAUGUAACAACACAAGUGGCCUCCAAAUCUCUUUGAAAGAUGGGACAUGGAUCUCAGUCCCACCUGACCCCUACUCUUUUUUCAUCAAUGUUGGUGACUCAUUGCAGGCGAUGAGUAACGGAAGGUUUAUGAGUGUGAGACACAGAGUGAUCGCAGAUAGUUUGAAAGCGAGGGUGUCAAUGGUUUACUUUGGAGGGCCACCAUUGAGUGAAAAGAUAGCCCCUUUAUCUUGUUUAAUGGAGGAACCUAAUGAGCAAAUCUUAUACAAUGAGUUCACAUGGUCUGAAUACAAGAUGUCAGCUUAUAAGACAAGGCUUGGUGAUAAUAGGUUGUCCCUCUUUGAAAAGAAUGCCCAAUCAUGACAAUAUAUUGUCAAAUAUAACCCAAAUUAGGAAAUUUUACUUAGGAAUUUGACACCACUUCCUUUACUUGGAAAUGAAAAAAGAAUUUAAAUCAUUUAUGACUUGGACCAGGUGUUUACUAUCCGAGCAACCUUACUAUCAAAUAUUGUUGUUUUGUUUUGUAUCCUUUUUUGAGGUUUAUGAUUUUAUGUCAUCACCAACUUUUACUUUUUUGUGCUUAAUUUGUAACAACUACCCUUGUGAUAUAAAUGCAAUGUUAUCAUCAUUA